AUGUUUCAGGGGCUACUGGCUGUCUUUUACAACCUGGGUGACAGACCCUACAACCUCACGCUGCCCUUCCAUCGCCUUGACAAUGGAGAAUGGCACGAGGUGGAGCUUGAUCGUCAUGGCAAAGAGUUCACCCUUCAAUUGGAUGGUGGUGGCGGAAGGCGGGAGGUCACAGCCGCUCCUGGGCGGAGUCAGGAGAUAGUCAUCGACCAAUCAGUGGUGAUGCUGGGAAACUCCUUCCCCUCAGGACACAACCGCAGCUUCCUAGGUAUGGUACUGAUACUGCCAUCUGGUACUGACCAUUAGUACUGUCCACUUGUACUGCCCCUUGGUACUGCCCCCUGUACUGCCCCCUGAUACUGCCCCCUGGUACUGCCCGCUGGUACAGCCCACUAAUACUGUACAAUCCACCUAACUUCCACUGGCGUACCACACACCCCUCCAGCCCCCACAAGGCUGGGGGCCCACGAGCUUUGGGGGCUCAGGAGGUCGGCCCCCCAGAUAGCAUAUGAACACGUCAUAAGCGAUUAAAUAAAAAAAGUUAAUUACACAAAAUUAGCUUUAAAACGGCAAAAUCCUCUCUCAGCCUCAUGGAAAACUGUGUAGAAUAGAGGUAAAUUAGCUCAGAGAUUCUUGAAAGUUGGGACAAUCCUUGUCCAGCAGGGAAACUUUAUUUUUAUAGUUGAAUUUUUUUUAUUGUGUUGCAUUAUUUGAGCUUAAAAUUUACAAACAAAAUUGCUACUGUGAAUACCACUUGAAUGAAGAAGAAUGAACUUUUUGUCAAUUCAAUAAAGCAUGAACUCCGCAGGUUUUUGUCUUUAUUGGGGAUUUUUAAAUGAAUAAUUUUCCAUAUUUUACAAAUGUUUGUACUGAACUUUUAUUGUUAGAGGCAAAAAUAUGUCUGUUUUGAGUAUCUGUCUAUUCCAUCAGUGGCUUGUCAACUGCGUCACUUAUGGAGGCAAUAUUUUUUGGUCAAUAUUCAGAAAAUAAGUUUGAAGAUUUGUAUUACAUAUUUAAAUAAUGUAAUGUUAGAAUUAAACAAUGGCCAUUAACCACUUGUUGGACUAUAAUUGUCAAAAUGAAAUGCCUUUUAUUAUCACGGCUCAGGCUAAGACCCAGAUGCAGACACAGGAGGCAGAUAGUACGAGUCUCAGUGUUUAAUAUAGUUAAAGGGGCAGGCAAAAGAUAAGUCAAGGCAGGCAAAGGGUCGUAAUCCAAUUCAGAGUCAGGCAGGUACAGGACGGCGGGCAGGAUCAGGGUCAGGACAGGCAGAAAGGUCAGAACUGGGAAGACUAAGAAAAACUAAAACUAGAGCACAGGAAACACGGGAACACGCUGGUAGGACUUGACGGGACAAGACGAACUGGCAACAGACAAACAGAAAAUGCAGGUAUAAAUGUACAGGGGAUAAUGAGGGGAGAUGGGAGACACCUGGUGUAGGGUGGAGACAAGUACAAAGACAGGUGAACGAGAUCAGGGUGUGACAUUUAUGGUGUCUGACGAAGUUGACAUAAAUCCAGUUAGUUACAUUUUAUGAAGAAAAAAAUAUAAUUAGGAGGUUGUUCCUUUACAUGGUGUGAUAGAUCAUACUUUGGUCUAUCAAAAUAUAUACAUUUCUAUUACAAAUUAUGUAAAAUUAAAACAAAUAUUUAUGGUAAAAUAGUUGAGAUUGUCCAAUCUUUCAAGAAUCCCUGAGCUAUAAAACAGCAUGAGAUUAGCUAUAAUACUUCACAUUUUUCUCUCUGCCCCAUGGAAGGAGAACCCCCCCCCCCCCAAAACCAUACCUUGCCUUGCUUGAACCUUGUGGGGAGGGGGGCCGCAAAACUGGCUACGCCACUGGCAUUUCCUAUUAGUUGUUGCUACCACUCCCAUAGGGCCAUUAGGAAAGAUUACGGAUGAAUGAAAGUGGUAUAAAAUCAUGUAUUAUCUGUAUGUGAUUGGCAACACAAGACUGAUGCACUGUCGUGUUUCACUCUUCUAAAUCUCAAAUGGUUUUAGACUCUGAGGAGGUAGGAUAUGGAUUUAGGGCUGAGGCAGAUGAAGUGUGAAGGACUUGAUUCAGAAGCAGGCAUGUGUCUGUCUGUAUAAAUGAUGUGUUACGCCUCUCCCUCCCAGAGGAUGGCCAGACAAACUAACAGAGUAAAUAUCCUCCAAAACAGAGGGCUUGCACUGACAGCUAAGCCCUGGGCUAUCUCAGUGUGUGUGUGUGUGUGUGUGUGUGUGUGUGUGUGUGUGCCUGUGUGUCUGUGUUCCUCUAUGCAUGUGUGGUCAUGUGUUUCCAUCCCUUCAUGAAACUUACUUAAAAGCUUUUUGCCUCAGGCCUGGUGUGUAUGUCUGUGAAUGUCACUUAUAUUGCUGUAUCUCAUCUCUCUUUCCCUCUCUGUGUUUUUCCUCCAGGGUGUCUGCGAGACCUGAGGCUGAACGGGCGGCCCAUGCCCAUUACCAAGCAGCCCUCCGUGGGGUCUGAGGGUCUGAGGGUGGUCACUUCUCAAGGGGUCUCCCCAGGUUGCCCCUCAGACGCCUGCAGGAAACACCAGUGCUCUCCCCCCUUCAUCUGCAUGGACCUCUGGAGGAAACAUGAGUGC